AUGACCGUGCACACAGUGUUUAUCAUCCAAGCAGCUCUGCUUCUCAUCUUCUCCACCAACACCCAUUCCCAGAAUGCCCCCAUCCUCAUCAACUGUCCCACCACCGCCAACUACACAAAACCAAGCCCCUUCGCCACCAACCUCGCCCUCCUCCUCACCAACCUCACUGCCACCACCGCCAACUCCCCCACCCUCUUCUCCACCUCCUUCAUCGGUUCCACGUAUGGUCUAGCCCAGUGCCGUCCAGACGCCUCCUCCUCCGACUGCACCACCUGUCUCAACCGCUCCGCUUCCUCCUUCUCCUCCUACUGCCCCUCCGGCCUCUCCGCCGCCAUCCGCUUCGACCUCUGCCUUCUCCGCUACUCCGACCACCCCUUCUUCUCCCAUCCGGCCAACGAUGACUUCUAUUAUCUCCAUAACAUCAACAACGCCUCCAAUCCCACCAUCUUCACUAGUCGAGUCAACGAUCUCAUGGACCAGAUCACAUCCAAUGCUUAUCAAAGUUCAUCAAGAUUCGGGGCAAACACGUCCAACUUCUUGGAUUCCGGCGAUAUAUACGGCAUGGUUCAGUGCACGCGCGACCUCUCAGACAGUGACUGCGCCAAGUGUUUGAAUCAGGCUGUCGGAGUUGUGCGUGGCUACUGUUCAGGCAACAUCGGGUGCCAGGCUCUCAGCAUGAGCUGCACCGCCAGGUACGAGACCUAUCCAUUCUUCAAUGUUUCUCGGUUGGCACCCUCGCCGGCUCCGCCACCGGCACCUUCAUUGCCGGAGAAUAACAACAAUACCAUUAGUCCUGCUCCAACAGAUUUUGGUUCUGAUGGUACGACUCCUGGUAACUCUCCCAACGGAAGGAAGACAAGAAAUACAGUGAGAUUGGUGGUAGUUAUUGUCAUUCCUCUAGUUGCUGCGCUUGUGCUUCUUUCAGGAGCAGUCUUUUGGUUGCAGAGAAGAAGAGUGAGCAAGAGGAUUGUGAAGAGAGCACCGAGUGUUGAAGAACAGGAAUUCAGAAGCACAGAGUCUCUGUUAAUAGAUUUGGCUACGCUCAAGAGUGCUACUGAUAACUUCUCCGAGAUCAAUAAACUUGGAGAAGGUGGAUUUGGACCAGUUUAUAAGGGAGUGCUGGUGGAUGGGCAGGAAAUAGCUGUGAAGAGACUCUCAAGGGCAUCAUCUCAAGGACUCUUAGAGCUAAGGAAUGAGGUUAUUUUGGUUGCUAAGCUUCAGCACAGGAACCUUGUAAGGCUUUUGGGUUGCUGUUUAGAAGAGGAAGAGAAGCUACUUGUCUAUGAGUACCUUCCUAAUACCAGCCUUGAUACAAUUUUAUUUGAUCCCAUAAGAUGCAAACAACUGGAUUGGACUAGGCGAUACAAUAUCAUCAAAGGCAUCAGUAGAGGGCUUCUAUACCUUCAUGAAGAUUCACGCCUUAGAAUAAUACACCGAGACCUCAAAGCGAGCAACAUCUUAUUAGAUCAGGACAUGAAUCCUAAAAUCUCAGACUUUGGACUUGCAAAACUUUUUGGUGUAGAUGAAACGCAGAACACUAGUCGUAUUGCUGGUACAUAUGGUUACAUGGCACCAGAAUAUGUUCUGCAUGGGCUGUUUUCAACUAAAUCAGAUGUUUAUAGUUAUGGAGUUUUAGUGUUGGAGAUUGUGUGGCAACACUGGCGAGGAGGGACGGUACUAGAGUUGAAAGAUAAAAAUCUAAGUGAUGGAUUCCAGUUGGAAGAAGUAUUAAGAUGCACCCACAUUGGAUUGCUUUGUGUACAAGAGGAAGCGAACCAGAGACCAAACAUGGCAUCCAUUGUUCUCAUGCUCAGUAGUUACUCUGUUUCUCUUCCAGCUCCUUCUCCUCCUGCUUUUUAUUACAGAAGCAGCAUGAAUGAAGAGCUUUCUGAGAACUCUUACAGAGAGACAAGACGUUCCACUACGGGCUCUACAAAUGGUGUCUCUGUUUCUCAGAUGGAACCUCGUCAAACGGCGUCGCUGGUAAUAUUUUCUGGUGAACGGAGUUCUCUCAUAAUGGAAAUCCCGGGGGUAACUGGAGUUCACAAAGCCAACUCCAUCAUCUCCAUCGCCAUGCCGGCUCUGCAAUCAUUGUUCAUCCUCCAAGCUCUCCUAGUCCUACAUCUCCUCCUCCUCCUCCUUCUCAUCUUUCCCUCCAAAACCCUGUCCCAGAACAACCCCAUCCUAGUCAACUGUUCCACCGCUGCCAACUACACCAUCCCCAGCCCCUUCGCCACCAACCUCAGCCUCCUCCUCCCCAACCUCAUCGCCGCCGCUGCCAACUCCUCCAUCCUGUUCUCCACGGCCACCGUCGGUUCCACCUUCGGCCUCGCCCAGUGCCGCCCUGACGCUUCCCCCUUCGACUGCAACACUUGUCUCAACCGCUCUGUGGCCAUUUUCUCCUCCCAAUGCCCUUUCCGCCGGUCCGCCACCGUCCGCUUCGACCUAUGCAUCCUCCGCUACUCCGACUACCCCUUCUCUAAGCUCGCCGACAACGGCUUCGUCGUCUUAUUAAAUGAAGACAACGCCACCGACCUAACGGUCUUUUCUCGACGAUUAGACGAUCUAAUGGACGAGAUCUCAUCCAAGGCCUCCCGCAACACUUCGAGAUUCGGAGUAGGCUUGGUUAGCGUCUUCAGUUUUGAGGAAUAUAUAUACGGGAUGGUACAGUGUACCCGUGACUUAUCCGACGGUGACUGUUCACUGUGCCUGAAUCGCACGGUCGGGAUUUUGCGUCGCCAUUGUUAUUGGCGAAUUGGGUGCCAGUGCGUCAGUUUGAGCUGCAUCGCCAGGUUCGAGACCCAGCCCUUCUUCUCGCUUUCCUUGCUACCACCGGCGCCGGCGCCGGCGCCAUCCAUGCCGGUGCCGCUUGCCACUGGUGGGAGUCCAAGCACUGGAAAUGUUGGAAAAAGUAGCAGCAAUAGUAAAAAGGUUGUUCUUGUUAUUGUAAUUCCUGUGGUUGCUGCUUUUCUGUUUGUCUUUGCAAUUUGCUUUUAUCUGCGGAAGAGGGUAUUAGUCAGGAAAGGCAAAGGGGAUGAACCAGAGUUCAGAAGUGCAGAUUCUAUAUCGUUUGAUUUGGACACCCUUAGAGAUGCCACAAGUAAUUUCUCUGAGGAGAAUAAGCUUGGGGAGGGUGGUUUUGGAUCUGUUUAUAAGGGCGCAUUGAAGGAUGGACAGGAAAUAGCUGUGAAACGACUCUCAACAACAUCAGGCCAAGGAUUUGUAGAGCUUAAGAAUGAGGUGUUUUUGAUUGCUAAGCUUCAGCACAGAAACCUCGUAAGGCUGUUGGGUUGUUGCUUAGAAGAACAGGAGAAGCUUCUUGUCUAUGAGUACCUGCCAAAUGCAAGCCUUGACAAACAUUUGUUUGAUCCUGUAAGGUGUGGAUUACUGGACUGGACAAAACGAUACAAGAUCAUCGAAGGCAUUAGUCGGGGUCUUCUUUAUCUUCACGAGGAUUCACGACUUAGAAUUAUACAUCUAGACCUGAAAGCAAGCAACAUCUUGUUAGAUGAGGAUAUGAAUCCUAAAAUCUCUGACUUCGGCUUUGCAAAGCUUUUUGAUGUAGAUGAAACACAAGGAAGGACUACAAGAAUUGCAGGGACUUAUGGGUACAUGGCACCAGAAUAUGCUGUGCGUGGAAAUUUCUCAAUCAAGUCAGAUGAGGUUUACAAAGAGUUAAGGAUUACAAACCAAACAAAACAACAAAAACACAGAAACAAAGCAAAGCAGAAAUACAACAAAAACUAA